AUGCUCCCUCGCCGUCUGAGAUUGAUUUGAUCAAAUUAUUUCAUUGGCACGUGAUUUUGUCUGCCACAGUCAGUAGCAUUCAUAAAAUUAAAAUGUUUAUGACCAUCAAUGCAGCUUCUUCGGUAACAUCCAAAUCCCCAACUCUCCGUCUUAUUUUACUGUUACUCUCCGUCUUAGAGCUUAGAAGUCUUUAAUCUCGGAUUGGAGAUGUCGUCGGCUAGUGAUAACUCCGGAGCCGCAGUGGGAUCCUUCAAGCGGCACGACUCCAAGUCCAACCCGGAGAGCCACGUCAUCACGAUCAAGGAAAUCAUCGACGGCUCCAAGAAGACAAAGUCCAAGUCCGCCGCCGUCAUCCAGAAGGUGCCGGAGGAGCUCCGGAAGCUGAAGGAGAGCGCCUACACGCCCCGGUUCGUCUCCAUCGGCCCUCUUCACAGCAACAACGACCACCUCAAAAAGCGUAUGCAGAACAUCAAGAUGUCCUACGUCAACGACCUCUUCGGCCGGAUGGCUGAAUUCGGCAAGGAGGAGAAAGCCCAGGUGCUGAAACGGUGCCAAGACGAAAUGAGGAAGCUCACCGGCGAAGCCAGGAAGUACUAUGCCGAGAACGGCGAUUUGCUCACUGAGGACAUGCUCGCCAUCGACGGUUGUUUCGUUCUCGAGCUUCUCUACCGGAAACGUAAGUACGAAACGACUAAAAACCCACACGGCGACGAUCCGAUUUAUGGCAGUGGAUUGUUGCGCGACGGCGUCCAGAUUGAUCUGCUCUUGGUUGAGAACCAGCUUCCCUUCUUCGUUCUUGAGAAGCUCUUUGUCUUCACUGAGAAAGCCAGGUCAAAUCCUUACCUGGAAUUCGGUUUCAAUUCCAUUCAAGAUUACGUUCUUUCCUACUUCCACAAUGUGAUGUUAUUAGAUCAAGACGAGGAGUUUAAACCCAGUGGCCGCAGCGAGUCCACGGCUAAAAAGAGAAGUUUUCAUCACAUCCUUCAUCUUCUCCACGAACACUUCAUUCCUCAGAAUUCGAACAAAGAGCAGGGGGGCAAAAUCGUGUUCAUGAAAACCGCCCAAGACCUGGAUUUCGCCGGCGUGAAGUUCGUCCCCCGGCCCAGAAAUUACCCAUUCCAGGUGGACUUCAAAGAGCCCAAAGGCUUUCGAUAUCUCUUCCACAGAGCCUCCUUCGAGAUCCCGACCCUGAACGUCGACAACUCAACCGAGCCAGUGCUCCGAAACCUCAUCGCCUUCGAGCAGUGCACCCCCCACGCGCCGAGCUUCGUCACCUCGUACGCCUACCUCAUGGACAGGCUCGUCAGCACCGCCAAGGACGUGAAGGUGCUAAUUGAGGCCGAAGUUCUGGUAAACUAUUUGGCCGCUGACGAAGAGGUCUCCGAUCUGUUCAACAAGCUCUGCAAGGAAGUGGUUUUGGGCGACUUCUACUUCGCGGAGACGUGCCAGAAAGCGGCGGAUUACAGCAAGCUGGGGUGGCCGGAAUUCAUUGGGUACAUGAGAAGGAAUUACUUUGCGAAACCGUGGAUGUUCACGGCUUUCCUCGUUGCGUUUCUGGUCUUCGGCAUGACGGUGGGAACUUUCAUCCGGAAUCUUCUUAGGUAAUCCGCGCCGACGCUGUUUCGUCCGAGACUGUUUUCAAUCCACAUUUCUUUUUUGAAUCUAAAUGGCUGUGACCAAAAUUAUAUUAGCAAUAAAACUUGUAUUGGACAGUUUAGAGUGCAGUGUAUAGCAGCAGGCUGCGGCAGCAGCAGACGUCUUGGGUGAGAAAGUAUUUUGUGUAUAUGAAAUAUCAUGAAUUUGUGAUUU